UGAAGCUCUGGCCGGCAGGAAGUGCCCACGGGCGCCGGGCGGGGAGCAGGGUGCCCGCACCCUGACCCUCUCCGGGUGGGGAGGCCAGGAGUGCGGCGAGGCGUGUGGACAGGGGGCGGCCCUGCGAGUCGCUGCUCCGCCUCUAGGCUCUGCUCCCCCGGCUGCAAACGGAGCCCUGCGGCCCACGGCCGGAUUUUCUGCUUUGAUGUACCAUGGAUAUAGGUCUAUGUUUUUCAUCUGAGGCUGGAAUUGAAAGACGAGGGGAAAGAAAGGACGAUGUGGAGAGGACAGAAAAAGCUCCGGGGAGAAAAAGGUCCAGCAACCAUGGCCCAUUACAAAGUUGAGCAGGAUGACUGGCUUAUCGUCUACCUGAAGUACUUGCUCUUUGUCUUCAACUUCUUCUUCUGGGUGGGUGGUGCUGCCGUCCUGGCCGUGGGAGUCUGGACCCUGGUGGAGAAGAGUGGCUACCUCAGCGUCCUAGCCUCCAGCACCUUCGCCGCCUCUGCCUACAUCCUCAUCUUCGCAGGCGCCCUCGUCAUGGUAACUGGCUUCCUGGGCUUCAGCGCCAUCAUCCGGGAGGACAGGAGCUGCCUCUCCACGUAUUUCUGCCUGUUGCUGGUGAUCUUCCUCGUUGAGCUGGUGGCGGGGGUCCUGGCCCAUGUGUACUACCAGAGGCUGAAUGAUGAACUGAAGCAGCACUUGACCCAGACUUUGUCUGAGAACUACGGGCAGCCCGGAGCCUCGGAGAUCACCACCUCAGUAGACCAUCUACAGCAGGAUUUCAAGUGCUGUGGAAGCAACAGCUCGGCCGACUGGCAGCACAGUGCCUACAUCCUCUCUCAGGAGGCCGAGGGCCGCCAGGUGCCCGACAGCUGCUGCAAGACGGUGGUGGCCCGCUGUGGCCAGAGGGCACACCCCUCCAACAUCUACAAGGUGGAGGGAGGCUGCAUCACCAAGCUGGAGCAGUUCCUGGCCAACCACCUGCUGCUCAUGGGGGCAGUGGGCAUCGGGGUGGCUUGCCUACAGACACAGGAAGGAAAAUGCCUGGGGCCUGGGGGCCAACUUGAACUUGUAAGGAAGAAACCUGGGAGGAGUAUGAGUGUGGGCUCAGAUGACGAAACCAAGUUCAAUGGCUGCACAAGGCUCACGUGGACACCAGCUGCAGAGUGGAAAUUUACCCAGGCCCUCCAACUCCCAAACCAGUGCUCUUCCCACCCAGACCUGGUACAUCUCUAACAGUGAAAGUCCAGGCACACUGACAGCUGAUAACAUAGUGUGGUCAGAAGAAACCUAGAUAAUGUCUACGAAAGCAUUUUGCAAGCCGUGACGCUCAAUACAAACAAAAGGAGAGAGAUAAUUACACCAUGCUGGUCUCUGCCUGUCUCCUGUUCAUGAGCACUGAGCCCAGAAAACACACUCAUCCUCCAUUUGGUGCAAAGCAAUUAGUCAGCUACCUGUCCAGAGCGAGGGAUGUCAUGCCACGUGAACGCUCCUUCUCCCACAAUAGGUCUAGUCACCAAGGUUUGUCAUUUCUCCUGUGUGUCUCUCCAAUCUGUUUUUUUUUUUCUUUCUCCCCCGUCUCAUUGGUGCAUCCCUUUGGGCUCCUUCAUCUCUCUCAUGUACAUCACCGGGGCAGCCUCUCCCUGAUGUCCUUGCAGCCGCCCUGUCACCUCUAACCAAUCUCCACUCCACAGCCAGAGGGACGGUUCUCAAGGGCGGAUCUGAGCGGUCACACUGGGCUGCAUGCCUCUCAGCAGCUCCUACUGCUCUUAGCUUAAAGCUGACCCGGCUCACCAACUUGUCAUCUGCUGGCCGCCUGCCCCUCUCCAGACAUCCCUUCACCUCUGCAGGCCAGCCCCAGUGACCUCCACAGGACAUAGCUCCUUCCACUCUUUGCCAGGCUAACUCCUCCUGUGUAUAGCUCUCAGCUUCAGCACCACCUCCCCAGGAGGCCUGGCCCGCCCUGAGUUGGGGUCAGUGCCUCUCCUUCCCAGUGACAUCGCUGUCACAGCACUGAGCUGCAAUCCCAUUUACUCCUCCAUGGCCCCGUCUGUGAGCACAGGAUUGGGUCUGGGCUGCUCACCACUGUGUUCAAGCUGCUUGGCCCAUUUAGUAUUCAAGACGUC